CUUUUGGGCAAUCAACAUUGGAACAGAAGAGCACUUGUAGUAGCCAGCCAAGCCCUCUUUUUGUUUUCAAAGUGUUUUACUGAAGACGUCAACGAUGAAAUUCGUGAGAUUUAUAAUGAAAAAUGCUACAUUGGCCAAUGUGCCUAAACAUAUAGAAUAUUUUGCAAAAUUUUCGCCGUCACCACUCUCUAUGAAACAAUUUCUCGAUUUUGGUGAGUAGCCCUUCAAUGUUGUACUACCACGUUGGACAACUGACAAUUAUUUAAUGCAAUAUCUAACAUUUUUAGUUAUCGCGUUCUUGUUGUGGAGUAACAUAGGCGGCUUGUGUGAUUUAUGAUUUUGCACCACUUUGAAUGGUCAGAUUCAGAGAGAAUAUUGUAUUGAAUGCAAGAUACAAGCCUAUGCGCACAUUUGUUUGUUUACUCUAUUGGGCAACAUUCCUGGAUAUUUUGGUCGUCUGUCUUUCCUAGACUAGGCUACUUCAUAGUGCAGAGUAUUGCGUCAUCGUUUGUUGCAAACUCCCGUUCACUGCUAGUCAGAAGCAAUGUUCCAUCAUUGUUUUCGGCACAGCAAAUGUCAGGUCUGCUGAGCGCAAACUUGAACGUUGUGAAAACUGUGCAACUUUCAGCGCGCGUUUACUGUGAACACUGAGGCUGUACCCGCUUUAAAUUAGUUUUAACAGUGGCCAAGUAGGCUACUUGAUCAUAAUGUGGCUCUAUCAUCAAAAACAAUGGAGAAAAUGCAUCCCAUAACAUUUUAACAUGGAAAUAGUUGUUCUAUAAUUCAGCCUACCGUAGCAGCCAAUGUGUGGUGAGGCCUACAUUCCAUGAUAUAAAAAAAAACAAAAAAACAUGCAGGGCUUGAAAUUAACCUGUGUAUCCACUUGUCCUUUAGACAAAGAGGUGACUGAAAAUGUUGUUUGAUGCAAGAACCCCAUACCAUAAUUACAGAGAAUCAGACAAAUUAUACCCUCUGCCUAUUGGCUACUUAGUUUAUUCAAGCCUGUCUCAAAAUACAACACUGCCCCUUUAAGACAAAAAAACUGGGCUAAUAACUCACUAACUAGCAAAGGAUAUGAACAAAAACUGCACACCUGGCUACAUGCAGCUCUCCCUUUGAUCUCAGAACAAGCCCAUCUACUCACCACUGCUCAUGCUGUAAACACAGUCAAGUUCAAAGUGAAUGGCACAGAUCCAUAUAUGACAAUGAACUAUUUGCAUAUAGGCCUACUGCAGCUCUGGUUGGUUAUGCCGCACCGGACCUAUUCCGAUGCAUUCUGCCUACAACAAAAUCUCUUGUAUAGUUAGUUUUGUUUCGGGAUGUUGCAAUGAGUGGCUAAUAUUGCGUUGAUUAGAUCAUAAUUGCCACAGCAAAGGGAAACGUGGAUAGUGUUAACAGGGAAAACAGUAGAACAGUGGUCACCAACCUUUGAGUCAAGAUCACUGCAAGCAGAGACCUACUGCUCAGAUUUUUUUUUUACGUGACUUAACCAAUUAAAAACAGUACUUUAGCAAUGAAGUUUGUGCAGUAAGCUAUAGGCCCAAUACAUUUUCACCGCAUAUUGACUUUGCUUGAAUUGUUUGGGCCAUUAAAAAAUAUAUACAGUGGGGAGAACAAGUAUUUGAUACACUGCCGAUUUUGCAGGUUUUCCUAUUUACAAAGCAUGUAGAGGUCUGUAAUUUUGAUCAUAGGUACACUUCAACUGUGAGAGACGGAAUCUAAAACAAAAAUCCAGAAAAUCACAUUGUAUGAUUUUUAAGUAAUUCAUUUGAUUUUAUUGCAUGACAUAAAUAUUUGAUACAUCAGAAAAGCAGAACUUAAUAUUUGUUACAGAAACCUUUGUUUGCAAUUACAGAGAUCAUACGUUUCCUGUAGGUCUUGACCAGGUUUGCACACACUGCAGCAGGGAUUUUGGCCCACUCCUCCAUACAGACCUUCUCCAGAUCCUUCAGGUUUCGGGGCUGUCGCUGGGCAAUACAGACUUUCAGCUCCCUCCAAAGAUGUUCUAUUGGGUUCAGGUCUGGAGACUGGCUAGGCCACUCCAGGACCUUGAGAUGCUUCUUACGGAGCCACUCCUUAGUUGCCCUGGCUGUGUGUUUUGGGUCGUUGUCAUGCUGGAAGACCCAGCCACGACCCAUCUUCAAUGCUCUUACUGAGAGAAGGAGGUUGUUGGCCAAGAUCUCGCGAUACAUGGCCCCAUCCAUCCUCCCCUCAAUACGGUGCAGUCGUCCUGUCCCCUUUGCAAAAAAGCAUUCCCAAAGAAUGAUGUUUCCACCUCCAUGCUUCACGGUUGGGAUGGUGUUCUUGGGGUUGUACUCAUCCUUCUUCUUCCUCCAAACAUGGCGAGUGGAGUUUAGACCAAAAAGCUCUAUUUUUGUCUCAUCAGACCACAUGACCUUCUCCCAUUCCUCCUCUGGAUCAUCCAGAUGGUCAUUGGCAAACUUCAGACGGGCCUGGACAUGCGCUGGCUUGAGCAGGGGGACCUUGCGUGCGCUGCAGGAUUUUAAUCCAUGACGGCGUAGUGUGUUACUAAUGGUUUUCUUUGAGACUGUGGUCCCAGCUCUCUUCAGGUCAUUGACCAGGUCCUGACGUGUAGUUCUGGGCUGAUCCCUCACCUUCCUCAUGAUCAUUGAUGCCCCACGAGGUGAGAUCUUGCAUGGAGCCCCAGACCGAGGGUGAUUGACUGUCAUCUUGAACUUCUUCCAUUUUCUAAUAAUUACGCCAACAGUUGUUGCCUUCUCACCAAGCUGCUUGCCUAUUGUCCUGUAGCCCAUCCCAGCCUUGUGCAGGUCUACAAUUUUAUCCCUGAUGUCCAUACACAGCUCUCUGGUCUUGGCCAUUGUGGAGAGGUUGGAGUCUGUUUGAUUGAGUGUGUGGACAGGUGUCUUUUAUACAGGUAACGAGUUCAAACAGGUGCAGUUAAUACAGGUAAUGAGUGGAGAACAGGAGGGCUUCUUAAAGAAAAACUAACAGGUCUGUGAGAGCCGGAAUUCUUACUGGUUGGUAGGUGAUCAAAUACUUAUGUCAUGCAAUAAAAUGCAAAUUAAUUACUUAAAAAUCAUACAAUGGGAUUUAGAUUCCGUCUCUCACAGUUGAAGUGUACCUAUAAUAAAAAUUACAGACCUCUACAUGCAUUGUAAGUAGGAAAACCUGCAAAAUCGGCAGUGUAUCAAAUACUUGUUCUCCCCACUGUAUAUAUAUUAAAACAUUUGAGGUAGGCUAUAUGAUCACACCGGUAAUAGAUCUGUUGUUGUAUUACUUAUAAGGCACAGCUGAGUGAGCAUACAUUUAAAUCGUUUGCUUUUUAUUUUAAUUUUACUGGGCUGAUGUGCCUGCAUCUGAUGGUCAGUCUCAGUGGAGGGAGAGAGCAGCAGACGUCGCUCUGCUCUCCCUUACCUCCACGGACACUGACCAAAAAGGGACACAGUCUUCCAGCUGAUGGCGAAACUCGAGUCGCACCACAUUAUUUCUGUCUCAUGCACAAAUUCAUGUUACUCCCAUGAACAGAGGAAGUGAAAUAUUCCUUGACCCAAACCGCUAAUAAUAACAACGCAAGCUUAUCGAUACACUUUCCUACUCAUUCAUUACUGCUGCAGUGCUUGUAUGUUCCCUGAGUGGAAAUAGGAAGAACGUGCAUUAUGGCGUAUAAAAGUGUUGAAUAGAAAGUGUUUACAGUGCUGAGUAAGAACUUAAACAUGAACUCACUCAAAACAGCAGUUACAUUUACAUUUUAGUCAUUUAGCAGACACUCUUAUCCAGAGCGACUUACAGAAGUAAUUAGGGUUAAGUACCUUGCUCAAGGGCACAUCGACAGAUUUUUCACCAGUCGGCUCGGGGAUUAGAACCAGCAACCUUUCGGUUACUGGCACAACGCUCUUAACCACUAAGCCACCUGCCGCCCACUUUCAUCUACUUACACGCCUUCUUAAAAGUGAAAUGUUUUCAGUCAUUUCAUGGGGAAGAUAGUGCAUUCAGAAAGUACAGUAUUCAUAGCCUUUGACCUGAAUUAAAAAUGGAUUAAAUUGAUAUAUUUUCUAACCCAUCGACACACAACACCCCAUAAUGACAAAGUGAAAACGUGUUUAGAAAUUUUAGCUAACAUGUUGAAAAUGAAAUGCUGAAAUAUCUCAUUUAAAUAAGUAUUCACACCUUAAAACACAAGGCGAAAUCUACGCUGGAGUUGUUGACCAAGAAGACAGUGAAUGUUCCUGAGUGGCCUAGAUAGUUUAGACUUAAAUCUACUUGAAAAUCUAUGGGACGACCUAAAAACGGUUGUCUAGCAACGAUCAACAACCAAUUUGACGUAGCUUGAAUAAAUCUCACCCAUCUACACACAAUACCCCAUAAUGACAAAGUGAAAACACGUUUGGUCGAUACUUUGUAGAAGCACGUUUGGCAGCUGCCAAAGCUGUGAGUCUUUCUGGGUAAGUCUCUAAGAGCGUUCCACACCAUCCUCAGUUUUCUCCCUUCGCAGCCAUUCAACUCUGUAACUGUUUUAAAAAGUCACCAUUGGCCUCAUGGUGAAAUCCCUGAGCGGUUUCCUUCCACUCCGGGCGACUGACUGACUGCAAUAGGAAGGACGCCUGUAUCUUUGUAGUGACUGGGUGUAUUGAUAGCACCAUCCAAAGUGUAAUGAAUAACUUCACCAUGCUCAAAGGGAUAUUCAAUGUCUGCUUUUUUGCGUUUUUUACCAUUCCACCAAUAGGUGCCCUUCUUUGCUGUAUUUGUUGACAGUCGCUCUCUAGUCAUGGUUUUAAACGUUUCGAAAUCUCACAGUAUCAACAUUGCUGUAGCUUUCUUUUAUGCCUGCUAUGUUACUGCAGACACGGUAAUCUGAGCCAUCUGAUUGGCCAGCGGUGGGCCUAUAGUGCACUUGAUUUUUCUCUCCGGGACCGCCAGGAAGGCAGACUUUGUACCUUCAGACACAUGAAAUGGUUCAAAAUGGCAACAGUUUGCCUACCCGGCGCAGGGCAGCUGAAUCGGGUGCACCUAACCCUAACAGUCAUCUUUUUUUUUUUUUUUACAUAAAUGUUUGUCGAUCGACUAGGAAUGCUUUGGAGAGCAACCAGUCGAUCAUGAUCGACCGGUUGGUGACCACUGCUUCUCUUUGUGGGCUGAUAUUUCUUCUGCGCAGAAGUCCUGGGGGAGCUGCGCGGCAGUCUCGGGGCUACUGCGCGCCCGCACGCAGCUUAUUGGGAACAUUGGUCAGAAGUUAACUACAUCAGAAGUGUGCUAUCCUAUCCUCAACAGCACUCGCAACAAUAUCAUUAUGGAUUCAUAUAAUUUGGCACAAAAACACCACGUGUGACAUUAUUUCCUAUUGUAGCUUAUUUCCUAUACUAGAAAUUGAUGGAAGAAGUUCUAUUUAGCUAGGCCUAGGCUCACUUCUUCACUCCGGGAGACCUUGUAGCCUACACAUAGAGCUCCUGUCGUUGAAGGUUAGUACGUCCCUAGCCCAACCGGCUGGCAGAUGUCGCUAUUAUUCCUUUACGUCGCGUUUCUCAUCUGCAUCAGAGAAGAGGCAAAGCGAGAGGGAUAACUGGGCUCCAACUCUGUCUUCUCCAGCAGGUGGCGUUUGUCUUUUUUAUUUUUUGAUCACUAAGCGAGGAGUUUUUGUGUGGAGGUCAAUGAGUGUCGAAUUUGGUUAACAAAUGUAAUGGCUUAUUUGCUACGUGUGGCUUAUUUUAGCGAAAAGAAAUGUUGUAAUGCUUAGGUUGUUAUGAGUGUACUGAAAUGUAGGACACGUGACAUCCCGGCAAUUUGAGAAAAAACACAGUUGGGACUGUUCACACGCGUAUCUGCCCUCUCAUUGGUUAGUAUGGUCCCAUCUGAUAUUGCCUCCUCCCAACUGCCUUGCAUUUGUUCCGAUUUUUUUUUUUCAUUGUUUCAGCGGCCACUCGAGAAUCUGGUCAAUAUUAUGGAUAUUCUGCGUCCAACUGGAGUCUAUGCAGCCAGCUAUACCUUGUGUCCCCUGGCAACCGGCUCGUACAUAAAUUAUAAUUCAGGCUGCAAGGGUUUAACUUUAAUGGUGAACGCCAAAAAACAAACUGGAAAAAUAUGCGUACUGUCUUAUUAAAACAUUUUCCACCACCAUGCUAGAGUGGCUAAUGCUACUUCCUGAUGUUGCAAAUGACGGUCAUCCAGCCCACUGAGCUAUAAUUAACUGGAGACUGCGUCCAAGAUGUCCAACCAUUGUUUUCAACGUAAUUUACUCAUGUUCGCAUACGCUGAUUCAUGGAACUUUUUAUUUAGUUGUGUGUGUGUAUAUAUAUUUAACCCUCUUUCUCCAUAAUUUUGUGAUAUCCAAUUACGAUCUUGUCUCAACGCUGCAACUGCCCAACGGGCUCGGGAGAGGUGAAGGUCGAGUCAUGCGUCCUCCGAAACAUGACCCGCCAAAUCGCACUUAACACCCGCCCGCUUAACCCGGAAGCCAGCCGCACCAAUGUGUCGGAGGAAACACCGUUCAACUGACGACAGAAGUCAGCCUGCAGGUGCCCGGCCCGCCACAAGGAGUUCAUGGACCUUUACACGGCCCAACUUCACAUGCGCACAAGCACUCAGUGCACACAGAGAGCAGCGACGAAGUCGUCCAAAAAUAUGGCAGACAUUGGAUAAAUAUAAAAUGUUUAUCUUCGGCUGUGAGUGAUAAAAAAUACCAAAAUAAAAAAACUGCCUCAGCAACAAUGUUUUGAAUAAUUCAAUGGAUGUUUUGUGCACAAAGGUGAUGACUAAAGUCUUAUUAGGAAUUUCAAAUCUGACUUCUCUGUGGCAAUCUAUGGAAAUUGUCUUUCUGUGCCGGGCAUCAGUUAAACUGCAGUACCAAAGCAAGGCUGUACGAGAAGACCGCUGCAACCUUAUUGUCUGAAGUUGUUUUUUCAGUGGCUCGCCAUUAAAGCUAGUACAUCCUGUAUCCCUAAAACAUAUUUACCAGCCCUCUGGUUUACCUAUUUCCGAGCAACUUUUCCUGUCAUUGAAGGCAAAUCUAUAAUUUGGAAUACCUUACCAUUCGCUAUGGGCUAUACAAUGUGUGAAAAGUGACGCCUAUAUCCAACUUUUCCAGAGUUGACCAAAUUCACUCCAUAUUCAGUGCACUGCCAUCUAGGAUCACGCAGUAAUCUUGUGGCAACUACUACAGAGUAUGGUGACUAGGGAGUGCGCUUCGGAAUGUUUUUAUUUAAACAUUUUAACCUGUAGCGAAUGGUAAGGCAUUCUGGAUUAUAGGCAAGCCUUCGGUGACGGGUAAAGUUUAUCGAACUAGGUCAACCAGAGGGCUGGUAAAUAGGCUUAUGUUUUAUGGAUACAGGAUGUGUCCUUCAGCGACGGGAGCCCAAUGUGUACAGGUCUCCCAGAGCGAAGAGGCUAGUCCUGCCUGCCUAUACAGAAAACAUACCCAAAUGUAUUUUUUUUCAGGUUCCACCAAUGCAUGCGAGAGGACGUCAUUUGUUUUUUUGAGACAAGAGCUACCUGUGCGACUAUCUAACAUCAUGAAGGAGAUCAAUUUGCUACCUGAACGAUUGCUUACAACCCCAUCCGUGCAGAUGGUGCAGAGCUGGUAAGAGAGUUUGACUAUUCUGUAAGUGUAGUUGAGUUUGAGAGGGUGAUACUGCAUUUAACAUAUUAUAAUUUUUUUGAACCCAGUAGUUUUACAUAUUGUUUCAUUCACUGUUUUGAAAAUGUAGUUCAUAUAAACCACACUAAGCUAUUUGUUUGUUGAUAUUGGUAUGUUGGUGACAUAUCCCUGCAUCUCUCCCUGACCUUAACUUUGCCCUAGUUUUCCCCUCCUGACAGUCUUUUGCAGUGGGCUUUGCAUCGGGAAAGCCAUUUCAAUCUGGAAAGCACUGCUGUUUGUAGAAAAGUAUUUCCAUAAACGUAAGGCCUAUAUGUACAGUGCUGUUAUUACCCUUGUUGGAACUUUAUUCUAUUGUAGCCCUCUUGUCUAAUGCAAUAACCUUCAGUCCAUCUUUAUUUCAGCACAACGAAGAGCACCCACAGACAACUUCUGUAAAAGCCCAGAUCUUCCGUCACGCACACUGUCAAAAUGUAUCAUACUGAUGUACAGAACAGAUCCUGUGAAAUGCUCAUAACUUCUAGCUGGUGUGGAAUACUACAAAAGCAAGCCGCUGUUGUCGCAUUAAUUUUCAAACAAUAUUUGCAAAUGUGUGAUCUGAAGACAAAGGCCGAUGAACAUCAACAUGGUUCUACAGUGAGGGGAAAAAAGUAUUUGAUCCCCUGCUGAUUUUGUACGUUUGCCCACUGACAAAGAAAUGAUCCGUCUAUCAUUUUAAUGGUAGGUUUAUUUGAACAGUAAGAGACAGAAUAGCAACAAAAAAAUCCAGAAAAACGCAUGUCAAAAAUGUUAUAUAUUGAUUUGCAUUUUAAUGAGGGAAAUAAGUAUUUGACCCCCUCUCAAUCAGAAAGAUUUCUGGCUCCCAGGUGUCUUUUAUACAGGUAACGAGCUGAGAUUAGCAGCACACUCUUAAAGGGAGUGCUCCUAAUCUCAGUUUGUUACGUGUAUAAAAGACACCUGUCCACAGAAGCAAUCAAUCAAUCAGAUUCCAAACUCUCCACCAUGGCCAAGACCAAAGAGCUCUCCAAGGAUGUCAGGGACAACAUUGUAGACUUACACAAGGCUGGAAUGGGCUACAAGACCAUCGCCAAGCAGCUUGGUGAGAAGGUGACAACAGUUGGUGCGAUUAUUCGCAAAUGGACUAAACACAAAAUAACUGUCAAUCUCCCUCGGCCUGGGGCUCCAUGCAAGAUCUCACCUCGUGGAGUUGCAAUGAUCAUGAGAAUGGUGAGGAAUCAGCCCAGAACUACACGGGAGGAUCUUGUCAAUGAUCUCAAUGCAGCUGGGACCAUAGUCACCAAGAAAACAAUUGGUAACACACUACGCCGUGAAGGACUGAAAUCCUGCAGCGCCCGCAAGGUCCCCCUGCUCAAGAAAGCACAUAUACAGGCCCGUCUGAAGUUUGCCAAUGAACAUCUGAAUGAUUCAGAGGAGAACUGGGUGAAAGUGUUGUGGUCAGAUGAGACCAAAAUGGAGCUCUUUGGCAUCAACUCAACUCGCUGUGUUUGGAGGAGGAGGAAUGCUGCCUAUGACCCCAAGAACACCAUCCCCACCGUCAAACAUGGAGGUGGAAACAUUAUGCUUUGGGGUGUUUUUCUGCUAAGGGGACUGGACAACUUCACCGCAUCAAAGGGACGAUGGACGGGGCCAUGUACCAUCAAAUCUAGGGCAUUGAAAAUGGGUAGUGGAUGGGUAUUCCAGCAUGACAAUGACCCAAAACACACGGCCAAGGCAACGAAGGAGUGGCUCAAGAAGAAGCACAUUAAGGUCCUGGAGUGGCCUAACCAGUCUCCAGACCUUAAUCCCAUAGAAAAUCUGUGGAGGGAGCUGAAGGUUCGAGUUGCCAAACAUCAGCCUCGAAACCUUAAUGACUUGGAGAAGAUCUGCAAAGAGAAGUGGGACAAAAUCCGUCCUGAGAUGUGUGCAAACCUGGUGGCCAACUACAAGAAACGUCUGACCUCUGUGAUUGCCAACAAGGGUUUUGCCACCAAGUACUAAGUCAUGUUUUGCAGAGGGAUAUACUUAUUUCCCUCAUUAAAAUGCAAAUCAAUUUAUAACAUUUUUGACAUAUUUUGUUGUUGUUAUUCUGUCUCUCACUGUUCAAAUAAACCUACCAUUAAAAUUAUAGACUGAUCAUGUCUUUGUCAGUGGGCAAACGUACAAAAUCAGCAGGGGAUCAAAUACUUUUUUCCCCUCACUGUAGAACCAUGUUGAUGUUCAUCGGCCUUUGUCUUCAGAUCACACAUUUGCAAAUAUUGUUUGAAAAUUAAUGUGACAACAGCGGCUUGCUUUUGCAGUAUUCCACACCAGCUAGAAGUUAUGAGCAUUUCACAGGAUCUGUUCUGUACAUCCGUAUGAUACAUUUUGACAGUGUGCGUGACGGAAGAUCUGGGCUUUUACAGAAGUUGUCUGUGGGUGCUCUUCGUUGUGCUGAUAUAAAGAUGGACUGAAGGUUAUUGCAUUAGACAAGAGGGCUACAAUAGAAUAAAGUUCCAACAAGGGUAAUAACAGCACUGUGUUAUAAGUAGGGUCGCAAAGGGAGGGUAUAUUACUGGAAACGUUCAAAGUUUACCAGUAAACUACCAGAAUUUUGGUUUGACAUUUGUCAUUUAGCGGACGCUCUUAUCCAGAGCAACUUAAUUGGUGCAUUCAUAUUAAGAUAAGUGGGGGUGGGGUUCAGAUGUUUUUGGAAAAUGGGCAGGGACUCUGCUGUCCUAGCUUCAGUCGGAAGCUGGUUAAAACAUUGGGGUGCCAGGACAGAGAAGAGCUUUGGCUGAGCGGGAGCUGCCCUCCCGUAGGGGUGGGAGGGCCAAGAGACCUGAGGUGGCAGAACGGAGUGCUUGGGUUGGGGUGUAGGGUUUGAGCAUAGCCUCAAGGUAGGGAGGGGCAGUUCCUCUUGCUGUUCCGUAUGUAAGCACCAUGGUCUUGUAGUGGAUGAGAGCUUCGACUGGAAGCCAGUGAGGUGACAUGAGAGAACUUGGGUAGGUUGAAAACCAAGCGGGCUGCAGCGUUCUGGAUAAGUUGCAAGGGUUUGAUGGCACAAGCGGGGAGCCCAGCCAACAGCGAGUGGAAGUAGUCCAGACGGGAGAUGACAAGUGCCUGGAUUAGGACCUGCACCUCUUUCUGUGUGAGGUAGGGUCGUACUUUAUGGAUGUUGUAGAGCAUGAACCUGCAGGAGCGGGUCACUGCUUUGAUGUUUGCAGAGAACGACAGGGUGUUCUCCAGGGUCAUGCCAAGGUUCUUUGCACUCUAGGAGGGUGACUCUGUGGAGUCGUCAACCGUGAUGGAGAGGUCUUUGAACGGGCAGGCCUUCCCCGGGAGGAAGAGCAGUUCCGUCUUGUCAAGGUUGAGCUUGAGGUGGUGGGCCGACAUCCAAAUUGAGAUAUCUGCCAGGCACGCAGAGAUGCGUGUCGCCACCUGGGUGUCAGAAGGGUGGGAGGAGAAAAGUAGAGUGUCAUCUGCAUAGCAAUGGUAGGAGAGACCAUGUGAGGAUAUGACAGAGGCGAGUGACUUUGUGUAUGAAGAGGAGAUGGCCUAGAACCUAGCCCUGGGGGACACCAGUAGUUGAGAGUACAUGGAUCCACGCUACUUGGUCCUGCCAGGUAGGAUGCAAUCCAAGAGUGUGCAGAGCCUGAGACAACCAGCCUUGAGAGGGUGGAGAGGAGGAUCUGAUGGUUUACAGCGUCGAAGGCAGCAGAUAGAUCUAGCAGUGCGGAGAGCCUCCGUGACACAGGAGCAGUCUCGGUUGAGUGACCCGUCUUGAAGCCUGACUGGUUAGGGUCAAGAAGAUCGUUCUGAGAGAGAUUACGAGAAAGUUGAUCAGAGACAGUACGUUCAAGUGUUUUGGAAAGAAAAAAAUGGAUACAGGUCUAUAGUUUUUGACGUCAGAUGAGUCGAGUGUUGGUAUCUUGAGGAGGGGAGCAACUCGGGCCAUUUUGAAGUCAGAGGGGACGCACACAGCCAGUGGUCAGGGAUGAGGGAAGUGAGGAAUGGGAGAAGGUCUAGAGGAGGGGAUGGGAUCGAGCGGGCAGGUUGUCGGGCGGCCAGACCUCACUAGUCGCAGAAUGUCAUCUGGACAGAGAGGGGAGAAAGUGGUCAAGGCGUAGGGUAGUUCUGUGUGAAUGAAACCAGUGGACUCAAUAGGCUGAGUGAAUGAGUAGUGGAUGUCUUUUUCAAAGUGGUUGACAGUCGUCCGGAGGGAGAAGGGGUGGAGGACGAAGGAGGGAGGAGAAGGUGGAAAAUAGUUUCUUAGGGUUAGAGGCAGAAGCUUGAAAUUUUGAGUGGUAGAAAGUGGCUUUAGCAGCGGAUACAGAGGAAGAGAAGGUGGAGGACUGAGUGAAAGGAUAAUAGGACCUUUUCGCUCAGCUGCCCGCAGCCCUGUUCUGUAAGCGCGCAAUGAGUCACUCAGCCACGGAGCAUGAGGGCCAGGAGGAAAGGGGACAGUGCGAGUCAUAGGAUGCGGAAAUAGAGGAGAGUAGCGUCAAAGAGGCAGAAUCAGGAAACCGGAGGGAGAAGGAUUUAGUAGAAGGGAGAGAUGAUGGGGUAGAAGAGGAAAGGGUAGUGGGAGAGAGAGCAGAUGCAAACACUGCCAGAGAUCCUGAAUUCCACAUGGGUGGGUACACUAAAUUACAAGGGUUGCAGCCAAGGGGUGGGGAGUGUCUGUAAAGCCUACAGGGAGAGUUGCGAACAGGUAUAGAAAACACACACAUAGUUGCCAAAGCUGCAAAAUCAGAAUCUGUAAAUAACUAGGUAAGAUACUAAAGUGAGAGUGGUGUGGAGCCUUCCUCUCUUUCCUUCCUCAAACAACUCGGCAAAACAAUCUUUGUUUUGUGACAAAACCGCCACUGACUCAGCUGCUGCUGAGAAAACAGGGGAGACUGAAGAACUAAUUGCUUAGCAGAGGUGAAGAGCACACCUCACUGUACUAAUUGCUGAUUGCCUAGUAGAGGUAAAACCACUCCCCCUCCAAUACAGCCACUGAUUACCUUGAUCCUGGUUGAUGUGUCAACAACUAUCUGCAAAUUAUGAGCAUUCAGCUGUUCAUUCACAUUUUAGUCAUUUAGCAGAUGCUCUUAUCCAGAGCGACUUACAGUUGGUGUUCACACACCAAGUAGGCCACUGGGAAGACAGGCAGCACUUAAAGUAGACAAAAAAAAGUAUACUUAUCACUCCUGGAGAUAUCAGCAGUCCUCUAGCUAUAGAAUGAUAGCCUUUCAAGGAUUUUAUGUAAUCUAUCAAGACAUCUAGUGGCCAUUUUGGGUACUUCAGAUUAUCUCUGGCCCUCUGUCUGGCCUCAUCACAUGUAAAAUAUAUGAAAUAAUUAAAUAAGAUUUUUAAAUAAGAAAUAGAAUGACAAAGCUGUAAAACAUUAUCCUAAAUAUAAGUCAUCAACGUAGUGAAUACCAUUUGGUGUUUAAUAUGAGGGUUUCAGCAUGAAAUAUCCUUAAAUGUUUUUACUAACUUUUUAUUUAUUUUACUAUGUCAAUAUGCAUUUGUUGUCAAUGUUUUGGCAUCAAACUGGUGGCAGUUGUGCAAAAAGUCAAUAGUUGCAGAGUUAAUUGAAAAUGCCAUUGUUGAUUAGAUGCUUUCUUAUUAACUAGGUUAUUUUCUCUUGAACCAUAUGGUCUAUCUAGUAAACUCAGCAAAAAAAAAAAACGUCCUCUCACUGUCAACUGCGUUUAUUUUCAGCAAACUUAACAUAAUCAUAAUAUAAUAAAUAAUGUGUAAAUAUUUGUAUGAACAUAACAAGAUUCAACAACUGAGACAUAAACUGAACAAGUUCCACAGACAUGUGACUAACAGAAAUUGAAUAAUGUGUCCCUGAACAAAGGGGGCUUUGUGGCCACCAGCUGCAUUAAGUACUGCAGUGCAUCUCCUCAUGGACUGCACCAGAUUUGCCAGUUCUUGCUGUGAGAUGUUACCCCACUCUUCCACCAAGGCACCUGCAAGUUCCCAGACAUUUCUGGGGGGAAUGGCCCUAGCCCUCACCCUCCAAUCCAACAGGUCCCAGAGGUGCUCAAUGGGAUUGAGAUCCAUGCUCUUCGCUGGCCAUGGCAGAACACUGACAUUCCUGUCUUGCAGGAAAUCACGCACAGAACGAGUAGUAUGGCUGGUGGCAUUGUCAUGCUGGAAGGUCAUGUCAGGAUGAGCCUGCAGGAAGGGUACCACAUGAGGGAGGAGGAUGUCUUCCCUGUAACGCACAGCGUUGAGAUUGCCUGCAAUGACAACAAGCUCAGUCCGAUGAUGCUGUGACACACCGCCCCAGACCAUGACGGACCCUCCACCUCCAAAUCGAUCCCGCUCCAGAGUACAGGCCUUGGUGUAACGCACAUUCCUUCAACGAUAAACGCGAAUCCGACCAUCACCCCUGGUGAGACAAAACCGCGACUCGUCAGUGAAGAGCACUUUUUGCCAGUCCUGUCUGGUCCAGCGACGGUGGGUUUGUGCCCAUAGGCGACGUUGUUGCCGGUGAUGUCUGGUGAGGACCUGCCUUACAACAGGCCUACAAGCCCUCAGUCCAGCCACUCUCGGACAGUCUGAGCACUGAUGGAGGGAUUGUGCGUUCCUGGUGUAACUCGGACAGUUGUUGUUGCCAUCCUGUACCUGUCCCGCAGGUGUGAUGUUCGAAUGUACCGAUCCUGUGCAGGUGUUGUUACACGUGGUCUGCCACUGUGAGGACGAUCAGCUGUCCGUCCUGUCUCCCUGUAGCGCUGUCUUAGGCGUCUCACAGUACGGACAUUGCAAUGUAUUGCCCUGGCCACAUCUGCAGUCCUCAUACCUCCUUGCAGCAUGCCUAAGGCACGUUCACGCAGAUGAGCAGGGACCCUGGGCAUCUUUCUUUUGGUGUUUUUCAGAGUCAGUCAUAACUGUGACCUUAAUUGCCUACCGUCUGUAAGCUGUUAGCGUCUUAAUUGACUGUUCCACAGGUGCAUGUUCAUUAAUUGUUUAUGGUUCAUUGAACAAGCAUGGGAAACAGGGUUUAAACCCGUUACAAUGAAGAUCUGUGAAGUUAUUUGGAUUUUUACUAAUUAUCUUUGAAAGACAGGGUCCUGAAAAGGGGACGUUUCUUUUUUUGCUGAGUUUUAGUAGCUUGGCAAUCCUAGUUAUAAGUUGUAUUGCUGCAGCUAAACAUAUACACCACACUAGUCAGGAAUGAUGCAAACUGAGAAAUGUGUUUUCAGGUAUAUCCAGAGCUUGAUGGAAAUCCUGGAGUUCUUGGACAAGACUCCUGACAACCACAGUGUCUUGGAUGAGUAAGUCCUCAAUCACCUUUGAUAGUCAGGCAGGCCCUCUCAUCAAUCUAUCACAUGCUGUUUGUCUUAGUCGCCUUUUGUCCACUAGGUUUGUGGACACCCUGGUGAAUAUCAGGAACAGGCACAAUGACGUAGUGCCCACCAUGGCACAGGGCGUCAUUGAGUACAAGUCGGUGUUCGGCCAGGACCCAGUCACCAACCAGAACAUUCAGUACUUCCUGGACCGUUUCUACAUGAGCCGUAUAUCUAUCCGCAUGCUCAUCAACCAGCACAGUGAGUACAGAUGUCAGUCCACUAAGUUACCCAUUCUUUUAUAGACUUUGUUGACAGCACAAUUGUCGGCCAUUUUGAAACUGACGUUUCCCCUCAUUGGACUCUCUGUAGCUCUUGUCUUUGAUGGAGCAACGAAUCCACUUCACCCCAACACAAUAGGGAGCAUCGACCCUCACUGUGAAGUCACAGAGGUGGUCAGAGGUAAAAAUAAAUAAAGAAAAUAUGGAUAUUUUUAUGUGGUUUUGAGCUGUCAUAGAUUAUAUAGACUUGUAAUAUCCUAUGGGUGCAUGGAGAGAAUAGAUGGGUCCAAUUGUAGUUUUGAUGUAGUCAAAUAUAACAUCUGCGAUUUUGCCAGGAUGUCUCUUGGACCCAAACACCCUUAUUGUGUCAUUUCAUGUUGUAUUUUUCCAGAUGCUUACCAGAGCGCCAAGUUGGUGUGUGAUCAGUACUAUCUGAGCUCGCCAGACCUGAUGCUGCAAGAAAUGAAUGGUAAGAACCAAACCAAGAGUAAUCAAUCAUCUAUUCCACUGAUAUCACCUAUGACGCACGCAUGUAGAUGGAUGACCAUUUUAUGCUAAUUUGGGAGUCUUGGAUGAAAUUGUCUGAGCACCACCGCUGUGUGUAUAAACAAUCUCUGCCGUCUGGAACUGCGGGCCAAGUAAUUAUUCCAGCGAGGCAAAAGUAAUGGGUAAGUGGCAAUGGCUGGCUGCCUCGGACAAUAUUGACACUGUGACUAAAUUCCCCUCUAUUCCCAGAAUAAUUAAAAUGGAUGUCAACAGAAUCUGUCAAUGACGCAUUACAUCCUAAUGGCUUUUGAAUUUUAAUUGAACUGCAGAACUUGUUUAUUAAUUUAUUCUCUUUCGCUUUACCCAGUCAACAACCAGAAACAACCAAUAAGCAUUGUCUGUGUGCCCUCCCAUCUCUACCACAUGUUGUUUGAGCUUUUCAAGGUAUGGUAGAACCUGCAUUAAAAAUGUAUUCUUAGAUCGAAGAUGUUAGUCACUUGUGAAUGUGAAUCUUACCUUGUCUAUUGGUCCAUCUUCCAGAAUGCUAUGAGAGCCACAAUUGAGAAUCAUGAAGCCAGCAACAGGCUACCACCCAUUCAAGUCAUGGUGGCCAUUGGAGGAGAGGACCUGUCAAUUAAGGUACAGUAUGUUAGUGAAAUAUAUUGCUAUGUUUUAAAAAAAAAUACUAGAAUUGCCAAUACCAAUUAAUACCAUUGUCACACUCACAAGUGCUAAUGAUAGUCUGUGGCAUAAUGAAUUGACAAUAUCUUACUUUUCAUUUUUUUAAUUCUCCAGUUCCCCCCAAAUCCUUAUUUAAAGCUGUUAUGUACGAUUUUAAUGUUAAACUAAGCCGCUAAUCCCAGAUAAGAUUAGCAGGAUUGGGCCUACGUUGACUUCCAUACUAAGAGCCCAUUAUCCUUGUCCUGCAGUAACUUGAUCUCAGUUCUGCUUGUUCUUUUGGUGAUCUGACCGGUGUACCUGGGGUGUAUUCAUUACACCAAUUCUGUGGCAAAACAUUUCUUAAACGGAACGAAAUGGGGAAGGACCUACCUGAAUUUGUCCAAUAGAAACUAAUUUUGCUCUGUUUGCUUCCGUUUGGUUCUUAAACGGUUUCCAUAAUGAAUACGUCCCUGGCAGUGACAUAACACACAACAGAGGGAACUGAGUGGCCUUGUUGUCCAGUUACCUUGACGAUAUGCAGAAUAGAUGCCUUGGCUCAGCCUAUCGUAAGGCACCUGUCUUUCUGGCAGUAUCUCCACCUUUUUUAUGACUGGCCAUUCCUCCAAUGCCUGACAGUUUUCUCUCUCUCUCUCUCUUUCCCUACUUCUCUCUCUCUCUCUGGUGAUGCGUAGGUGAGUGACAGGGGUGGCGGAGUCCCUUUCAGGAAGAUUGAGAAUCUUUUCAGCUACAUGUACUCUACGGCCCCCACACCAGAGAGGGGUGAGCACUCGCAGACACCAUUGGUGAGUGCCUCUGCUCUUUGUCAAGUCUAUUCUUUCAUGGACCAGGUUCAUAUUCAGGAUGGUGUAACAUACUGAACUUUGCAGGUAGAAAUGCUCUGAAAUAGAGCUGACAUGAUUCCUUACUCUACAUGUCAGAGAGGCAUGUCUGGCUCUGUUCUACACAAUAUAUAUUUCUGUCCGAACUUUCCAAUACACCCAUGUUUAUCAGACUAUUGAAGCAGCCAUGGUUUAACCCUGUUGUGUCGUCUCCUCUCCAGGCUGGCUUUGGCUACGGCCUGCCCAUCUCCCGGCUCUACGCUCAGUACUUCCAGGGAGACCUGCAGCUCUACUCUAUGGAGGGUUACGGCACUGACGCUGUCAUCCACAUGAAGGUAAGCUACAUACUGAGACAAUGGGACUCAUAUAAAUAAUAAUAAUUUAAAAAAUAAUUUAGCAGACGCUCUUAUCCAGAGCGACUUACAAUUAGUGCAUUCACGUUAAGAUAGCUAGGUGAGACAACAACACAUCACAAUCGUAUCAAGUACAUUUUCCCCUCAACAAAGUAUUUAUCAGCAAAGUCCGUGCUAGUGGGAAAAUAAGUGCCCUUUUUUCUUUCUUUGGUGGGGGGAGUUAUAAGUUACAUUUCUGGAGACUCUCUAGUACCCAAACACUCAAAUUGUAUCAUUUCACAAUAUUGUAUUUCUCCAGAUGCUUUAAACACAAUAAAAUACAACUCAAUCUCCUUCCCUCCACAGGCCUUGUCCACAGACUCUGUGGAGAGGCUCCCGGUGUACAACAAGACUGCUCUGCGGCAUUACAAGGUUAGCCAGGAGGCAGACGACUGGUGUGUGCCCAGCAGAGAACCCCUGGACCUGACCAAUUACAGGGUAGCCAAAUGA